GAUUCAGCGCGUGCGGAGAGUCCGGAGACUGGAGACACCGGGCAGAACAAACAUUACGCGAACAUAGGCAUGCACUUGCAACAGCGAGGAAUUGUCUUAAAAAGAUAUUCCAUUCCCCCAAAGGAUGAAGUAGGCGGCAUUAUGGUAUUCGGUUCCAACAGGCUACGCUUCGUCAUUUGCUUCGCCAGCUAAUGUGACGGAAGAAGUCUGAAUAUUUUGUGAAAUUCAGGUGAUUUAUAAUACGCCACGGCCCAGGAUGAGAGAACAGGAUGUUGGAAUUGACAACUCAUGCUCCUGUCUACCGAGCCACAUCGUCGUUGUUUGAUUGUAUUUUGCUAGCUAGUUAACUGGUUAUUCAACGGCACAUUUUUGAGGGACAGCAAACUGCUUGGCAAUCUUUCCGUAUGCUGUUGCUCCCCAGAGAUACAUUACUUCGGUGCUUCUGUUAUCACUAAUUGGCCCCUCCACUCGCUGUUGCAAACUGGACUAGACCUAUGAUGACGACUAAGCCAGUUUUGUAAGCUCCGCCCACCCCACUCUCAUCAAUGACCCAGCUGGCAGCUGAUGGAACAGAAGGUGCUCAACAAGCCCAGCAUGGUGUCCAGGCUGCCUAAAUUUGGUGCCCGCCCCCAGGGCGGCACGAACCCCGUCCCCAAUGGAACUGCCCAGCCCUUGCACAGCCUUGAAGGGAAGGGGGCGGGGCCCCUGGGGAAGCCCAACGGGAUGGUCCGUCUGCCUCCUCCCUUCACUCUGAAGUGGAAGAAGGGUGGAGGAAGCCCCUCCCCCGGCCUGCUGAGCCCCGCGGAGGGGGCGGAGCCUCCGAAGCAGGGGGAGGAGGGCAAGGCCGGGCACCGCCCUCAACCUCAGCAGCAGCCGCCCGCCCCCAGAGAGCUGAAGAAGCCCUCGCUCCUCAGCGCCAAGGCGCGGCGCUCUGCCUCGGCCGUGACCUCCGCCACCUCCAGGACCAUACCCCAACCCUCCAAACCCGCCCCCCGCGGGGGCUCCGCCCAGGCUUCCCUGGGCCCCGGGCCCCACGGCAACAAGCCGGGACUGAACGGCGCCGCCGGGCGGUUCGGCCUGGGCCUGCAGCGGGCGGGGUCGAACCCUGCGGCGGGCGGCCUGUCCCAGUCCAGCGACAGCCUGAAGGCCUCGUCCGUGGAGGCGGACAACAUGGUGCGCUCCCAGAGCUUCACCCACUUCAAACAGGUGCCCUCCCCCACCGCCCAGCCCAUCACCCGCUCCUUCUCCUUCACCAGGGCCACGGAGCGGGCGAAAACCCUGGGCGUGGCCCGGGGCGGGGCCGUCCAGUACGGCAAGGGCCCCGCGGCCCGACCCACCGGUGGCUCCGCCCCCCCUAGCAACCUGAAGAAGCCCCUCCAGCCUGCCAGCGCACCCGGCAAGCCGACGAUGCUCGCCUACAGACUGACACGCCCCUCCCUGAGCAGGCAGCCCCGCCCACUGCUGGCAGGGAAGGCCCGGAGCGACCAGGAGGCGAGCGGCGGGGGCGGGAUCUCUUUGGAGACCUCCCCCCUCGCCCCAGACCCGCCCAGCGACAUGGAGGACGCGGCGCCGGCCCCGGAGAGCUGCCCCGUGGAGAUGGAGGUGACCUGCGAUCCGGAACCUUCCGCACACUACCUGGUGGAGGCGCUGGAGGACAUGUCGCUCUCCUCCACCUCCUCGCUGGAGCGCAACGACACCAGCGAGGAGUACCUGGAUGACUUCGACAACCUGGGAGACGGGGGAGGCAUGCUGCUGUUCCCCGCCCACGACGACGGGGUCCACCAAUCACAGCCUUGCGCCGAUGACAACGCCCCCACCCACAGUCCGCCCGCCACGCCCACUCAGACCCGCCGCUGCAGCUUCCUGACUGACAGUGUGGACUGGGCAGCAAUGGGACUGACUGGAGUUAACGACGACUCCGGGGUUCCGUGCUUGUCCCCCGAGGCUGGGUCCCCCGAGGUGGACUUCCCCCACGGCUCCUCGCUGGACCUCUCCCCGUCGGACAGUUCGGGGGGCACCUACAUGUGGGACGAAGAGGGGCUGGAGCCCCUGGGGACCAUCGCUCACCCCUGCGGGAGCUACGAUUCUGACCUCAACAGCCUGGACAUUCUCAACAACUUGGACAACCUGGAGUCAUGUGACCUGGAAGACGAUGACCUCAUGCUGGACGUGGACCUCCCCGAAGACGGCUCUCUGCACAGCGAUGCUGAUGGGAUGUCCCAUUUUGAGCGUGCAGAUAGGGGGGGCCGGCAGGGCCACUGGAGAAGGAGGCAGCAUCGCUGGAGUGGAUCGGACCACUUCCACAAUGACAACAGGGGCGGCGGUUUCCAGCAGUUUGACGGACACUCGGGUCCGGGGGCGGGCCGGGUGGUGGCCCGUCAGCCGCAGGCCGCGCUGUGGGGCGACGGCCACACGGUGGCGCUGGACGAGCUGACGCUGGGUCACAUGACCGAGGACUGCUCCUCCGUCAAGUCCCAGCUGCUGACGCUAAAAAUGCUGCUACAGGUGGAGGGCGGUGGUACCAUACUGGAUGCUCUCGAAUCGGGGAUCUUGAGUCCGGAACCCAGGGAGGAAGCUGGCUCUUCUCAACAGGUGGAGGAGCUGCUGAGGGAGGUGGAGGAGCUGAGGGAGCAGCUGAGGAGUAAAGACAAGACCAUCGCUCAGAUGACCCAGCAGCUGUCUGGACUUUCUGCACUUGCCGCCGGUUGUCAGUGCCAGCAGAGAAGGCCCGAGUCCAGAGAGGAGAGGCGGACCAAUCACGACAAGGCCACGCAGACCCCCUGGAGAGCGCACGGCGCUCAGAGGCUGAGUGGAAAUUUCCGUCAGUUCGCGAGCAUUAAAUCGGCCGAUUUAAAGUCCAGCAGAGUGAGGGCUCCUGGCUUGCUCCCUCCCUCUCUCCCUGCCAGCAGGGUUCCUACCAGGGCACUGCCAGGGCAAACGCACCCUGCCACAGACAGACCUCCAGUACUACAGCCUGCCAGCCGCUGGUCCAGCGAGCGCCUCCCCCAGGAAAGACUAGCAAGGACAGCCUCCACCGGGGACCCCAGUGACGUCGCCACGGCCGCCGGGGAUGACGGACAGCCCGGGGGCCGCCCCCGCCCCGCCUCCUGCCCAGACGCCUCCGCCGGGCCCGCCCCCGGCUCAGACCAGCUCCGCCCGCGCCUCAGACUGUCUGCCGGCGAAGCCGCCGCGGAGACCCCCGCCCCGCCCGCCCCGCCCGCCGACCCCGCCGACGGCCGGCCCCGCAUCCUGCAGUCUCUCCGCUUGCACAAGAAAGUGUCCGUCCCCACCCUGACGCCGGAGGGCCUCCACCGGCCCGCCGCUCUCGCUGCCGGCCCCAUGCCGGGCUCCGCCGCCCUGCUGAAAAAGAAGCAGCUGCCGCCCCCCACGCGGGGCCUGCCCUGCUUCGGGUCCGGCCCCCAGGCCGCGGGCCCCCCCGCCCGGGCCCCCACCCUGUUCGGCCUGCCCCGGCCCCCCGGGAACCCCGCGCCCAAAGCCGGAGGGCUCGCCCCUCCCAAUCACUCACGCCUCCCCAAACCAAAGAUCCACUGACUCUCGCAUGGACACGCAACAGAGAACACCCUUCCACCCACAAACAUCCUGUCUGAGCAUCCCAUAAUACUCCCAGCUUGGGCUGUUUUCAGGGGGAUUGAAACACUGUCUUAACACCUCCCCUUUAGUCUUUAAUCUAUUGCUUAACUGAGUAGAAAAUCGGAUUCUUAGAAUAACACGCUUUCAAAGCCGGGAGUAGGUCUAGCGGUAUAAAUCUGAGCUCGACGCCUCUUUGAAUAGGAGAAAUUAGUACCCAGCACCUGGUAGUGUACACGGUUUUAUCUCCUCCACAGGGAACAUCGAUGUUCAAUGCAGAAACACAACGGGAACCGUGCAUCCCUAUCCAUCCUGGCUUUCGCUAUUACAAGAGAGGGAGUGCUGGAGGGAAAGAGGGGAGAGCACUGUAUUAUUGGUCUUAGUAGCGUAGGCAGUUAACACUGUGCCUGAAUGCAGAAGCCUAAAUGUGUGAAUGCGUAAAGUGAUGUUGCUAGCUGGGGUCCUGUUGUGUGCUGUCUGUUUGUCUCUUCUGGCCAUGCUUCUGGCAGCCAGCUGCUUGAAUUUUCCCAGAAAGCCCCAGCCACUCUCCCAGUUGUCAGACAGGGUGUUCUCAAAUAGAGCACCGCGUUAAAUCACCCAAAGGCAACCCCUGUCCCACCACGGGAUGCAGCGGCGUUGCGACUCGACAACCAUGCCCUUAGCACGUUAGCACGUUAGCACGUAAACCAAAACGACAAAGGGGGAAACCAUUUCACUUGCUGCUCUGCGCCCAUUCCAGCUCCUCCAGGGCGGCGGUAAGCGCCGCGGCGGCCCCGCGCCGGAACACGUGUACGUCAGGCGCUCUCACGGGGGGCCUGCGCGGCUCCGCGGGCGAUCGCUGGAUCUUUAGCGCGGUCGCGUCGCGGGAGGAGAGCCGAUCGCAGAUAACGCUGCUCGAGCGGCUGCUGUAAGCCUCACAGGGAAGCAGGCUCCCCAACGGUGGUCUUAAAAGAGCUUUUCGAAAGUGCAGAAACUUGUCUAAUUCGGUUCACUCAGACACUUUUCCCCAAGCAAAUAUUGUGUAAGAGAAAUAAUUUAAAAACUGAUUAUAUAAUAUUAAUAUUAUAUUUAAAAUAUUUCUGUGUUUUUCCUUCUCUUCGUCCCUCCCUCCUGCAGCUCUCAGUCCCGGUAAAGACCCGGCAUUCCCAUACUAGACUAGGUCAGGCGGUUUGUAAUACCUGACAUACCUCUGUUGCUUAACCACCCGAACGCGUUCCAGCAGUGGCCCCCGAGGGCCCGUCGGAGGCCUUGGCCCCCGCCCGAGAGCCGGCCCCGUGCUCCAGGCCCCCGCCUCCUCCCACGCGGGGUCCUCAGAGAGCGGAGGGGAGGCGGAGAGAGAGAGGAGCUCUCGCAGCACUACCCUGUACUUUGGAGUAAGUGGCAGGUGCCUUAAAUAGCAGCAGGGACUCGUUCCCACGUACUCGCCGUUAUUUCUGGAAGGGUCCACGCCACAGGCUUGGGGGGGGGGAGGCGGGCCUGACGUCAGUGCCCCGCCUCCCCCCACCGGAGCUGUUCAGUUUGCUUCACCCCCCCACUCCUGAAUCCUGCUGCAUUGUCCUGGGCAUGGUAGAGCAGCGUACACGCCCGGGGGGCUGGGGGGGGGAUAGCAGGGCAGCGAAGGAGGCAGAGCACAGCCGCGGCGCGUGGCUUUUUACGCGCUGAAGGCACAGAAAGGUGCAUCAUUAGCGUGCCGGUUUUGCAUUCAGAUGCGAUGAGCCCUUAGCCGCGAGCGUUAGCGUUCGCGCCCCCCUUACGAACCACGCUUCCUUGCAAACGGCGCCCAGCGGAUUUGCGAGCCCUGCGAGGGCACUGGAAACCGGAAUGCUAAGAGGGCGCUCGCUCCAGAUAGGCGGUUGCCUUGAAACCUCCUAUGGCUGCUAAUGGUUUUUUUUCCCCGUCUCCUUCCGUUGAGGGUUUUAUCAGAGCCUUUAUUCUAUGCAACACAAAGGUACUGGGGGAAGGACAGCGGGGGGGGGGGGGUCGCGGUUUUACAUGGCAUAGCUUUCCCCUCAGCCUGCAUGACGCAUGUCAUCAAGGCCAAGGCCACCCCCCCCGCCCCCCCAUCGCCCGCCAGACAAGUCGGCGUAGCGAGGGCCUCGCUGUGAUCCGGCUCCCUCCCGCAUAGCCCGGCUCCGCCCCCCGCCCGGCCCCACGGGUCCACUCCCCUUUCCCCGCACAUUUAAGACCGCUGAGCGCGGUUAGCUUCAGUCGCUGUUUUACAGCCUCGUUAAAUCCUCUCACCCCCCCCUCCCUGGCGUGACCAACAUGCCCUAAAAUCCCUCCCCGGUCCCGGCCAGGGCCUCUUGGAGCGGGCGGAGAGGGGCCCCCAAUGCGGGGCCUUUCUCCCAGGACCCGGAGCCGUCACCGACGGUAAUUAUAGGCGAGGGAGGGGGGGGGGUGCGGAGGCCGUUACCUCCCAGGGUGCCGGCUGAUUAGCCGGAGACACCCACCACGUGGUAAUCCCCAAAGCCGGGCUUAAGAACACUUGUGCGCUAAAGCUCUUCCUUUCUGCCGCCUUUUCCGUCUCUCCUGUAAUCUCCUCCG